AUGGAAUCCCUUCAAGGCCACCGCAACGUGCUCCCCCUCCUCGGAUUGUACGAAGAUGAGAAAUCCGUCUACAUUCUGACGGAAUUGUGCGACGGCGGCGACAUUUUCAGCCUGAUCGUGCAAACCGGCGGCAUUCCCGAACGAGCGGCUGCGAUGAUCUUCGUGCAGGUCGCCGAUGCCGUGAGAUGGUGCCACGUGCACAGAAUCGCGCAUCGCGACAUCAAACCCGAGAACGUACUCAUCACCACUCGUGCCACGACUGCCACUACCUCCGCCACCGCCGCCGGCAACGAUUCGCCCGACGCGGGCCUUCGGCUCGAUGCGCGCCUCGCGGAUUUUGGCCUCGCGAUGGAGAUCCCGAGGGGCUUCUCUCUGCGCGGCGCCGUCGGCAGCGCGCCGUACGAGGCGCCGGAAGUUCUGGCGGGGGAUCUCUACAGCUUCGGCGCGGACAUCUGGUCGCUCGGAGUGCUCCUGUACGCAACUAUCUCCUCGAAAUGGCCCUCUUUUCCCGGAAACGUGCGCAAGUUUCUGCCCGAGGUCGAUUUUUCCGUCGCACCCUGGCCGUCCGUGUCGGUUGAGGCGAAAGAUCUCAUCCGUCGGAUGCUGACCUUGGACGCGAGCCAACGGUUGGAUAUCGACGGCGUGUUGGCGCACCCGUGGCUCCGAAUCGCAUCAUCUCGUAGCGAGUCAAGAAAAGCGCCACGCAGUUUAAAAUUAUCGCAACAACCAAGCGUUCCCGUAGCGCCGUUUCUUCCUCCCACGGAAGCUCCCAAACUCGAUUUCGGACCCGAGACCGCGGCGCCCCAACUCGAUUCUCGCCCCGACUCGUCCAAAGCGCGCCGAACUGGCUGCUCUUCUCAGUCCGCGGCUGACGUGGACUAUUCAGAGGCGACGCGCAUCGCGGAUAAUUCCAAAGCGAGCAGCGCGGGGGUUCCGAGGCACGCCAGCUUUGACGAAUGGAGUGAGUGCGGCGCGGAAGGUGGGCGCGCGGAGGCUGGCUGCGCGGAUGCUGGUUGCGCGGACCUCUCCGAGCCCGUCCUUCGCGCGGCGGAAGCCGACCAGCGCAGCGCGGAAGCGGCAAGUUGCGGCACCGCAUCCGCCGCAAUUGCGUGCUGGGCGACCUCGCCGCGUCGGCCGUGGUCGCAGCGAUCCCCGUCAGACGAGACGCGCCGCGACUCAUCCCAAAGAGGUUCUGACCGCAGCAACAGCAGCGGCGGCAGCAGCAGUGGCGGCGGAGGCAGCGGUAGCAGCUUUAGGCCGGUGAGGUUGAAGCGGGAAGUGGCGCGCGGCAGCAAGAGCAAAGAGCCCCAGUCAGAACCUCAAUCUCAAACUCAAUCUCACGCCCCUUCGUCGGGCGUCACCCGGCUAUCUCCCAAAGCGCCGUCACCUAGACGGCAAUUCCGCCACUCCGCCUCUGCUCAGUCGCUCUGCACCGAGGGACUGCCGCUGCAGCUUCUCAAGCUGCCGUCAUUCCAUCGCGCAUCACCCUCCGCGUCGCCAUCGCCCCGCUCUUGCCCGCCACAAGGCAUUCCCCUUCAGCCCUCCACCCCCAAGGCGUUUCCUGCUUUCCCGCUGGCAUCGCCCACGGCAGCAGCUGCAUCGCCAUCGCCCCGCUCCAGCCCCCUGCAAGGGAUUCCCCUUCAACCGUCCACCCCCCGGACACCCAAGGCUUCUCCGUCUCCUCGCGGCAAGACGCGCACGGGAGCCGCUGCCGCCCUCCCCAAGGGUCCCUCAGCUCAAGCAUCUGCAGCAGAGGUCUUGUCUGCUAAGCCAGCGGGGAAGCCAAAGGGCAACAUGCGUCUGGCUGCCCACCCUGCUCUCGCCCUCCUCGCAUCGCCAUUCCGACCAGCCCAGCAAUGA